AAUCCUUUCCAUUCCAGGCAAAAACAAAACAAAAAGCAGCACUCCAAUUAUUACUAUUAUUUUAUCUUCGACUUCUCCCCAAUCUCCGCCCUUCUUCCCGCCACCGCACCACCACCACCACCUUUCUCUCUCCUCCAAAUUCCACGCUUAUAUAAUAUCCUUAUUCAAAUUUUGGUCACAACAUUUUUUUUCUAGCUUCUAAACAUCAGUCAUAAAUUUCUAGGGUUUCUCUCUCUCCUACUUUUUUUCCCCCGAUCUACUCAUCUUCCUUUCGCAUUUUCUCUCUCCAAUCAAUUGCUUCGCCAUUACUUCAACAUCUCAUCUUCUCAAACUUCAAUUCCCGCAAAUUCUGAGAUGUUUGAUUGAAGAAUUGCAGAAAUUAGGGAGGGUUGAGGUGGGAGGGGAUAAAAUGGGGUUUAGUCUUCGAAGCUGGAGUGGGAGGGAGCAAAAUGAUGGAGGGAAAGAACGCACUGCUUUAUAUUUAAAUGUGUAUGAUCUUACUCCUGUAAAUAACUAUUUAUAUUGGCUUGGUCUUGGAAUCUUUCACUCUGGAAUUGAAGUACAUGGCAUGGAGUACGGUUAUGGAGCUCACGAGUAUGCUACCAGUGGUGUUUUUGAGGUGGAGCCUAGGAGCUGUCCGGGGUUCAUUUUUAGAAAGGCAAUACCUCUUGGUACCACAGAUAUGACACGUGCUGAAUUUCGAACAUUCAUGCAGCACCUUGCUACAAAGUAUCAUGGGGACACAUAUCACUUGAUUGCCAAGAACUGUAACCAUUUUACUGAUGAAGUCUGUUUGCAACUCACUGGGAAAUCUAUACCUGGAUGGGUUAAUCGACUUGCACGUUUAGCUGCAGGUUCAUACUUCAAUUGCCUAUUGCCAGAAAAUAUUCAAAUAGCAGCUGUUCGACAGUGUCCUGAUCACAUUGCAUGCUCAGAGGAUGGGUCAGAGUCUCCGAUAUCAUCUGCAUCAGUUGCCAGCGAAGAGGAGGUGGAUGAUCCCGAUCUUCAUCAUUUGCUAACAACUCCCACAGCAGAUGUGGCAUUUUUGCAGGAAAAACCAGUUAGAAUGACCAGAGAGAUGGUGUAGAUUUUUUUCUAUCAGCCCCUCCCUUUUAUUUAUCCUCCAAUUAUAUAUUUGUCUUGGGUUGUUAUAUGUUGUAGAAUGAAAUUAAGCUAGCAAAUGUAUCAUAAUGACCAUAUUCAUAAUUCUCUCAUAUGAUUGUUUGUAUAAUUAUCCUCGUAAGAUAGUGUGCUACGACGCUACGAGGAUGAUAGUGAGUACUCUUCGUGCCUGCUGCAUUUAAAUAGGUUACUGGCAGAGCUGCAGUCCCAUUGUAUAAUAUCUGUUUUUGUACUUUA